CCGGCGGAGGGAGACGCCAUUGCGGAGUUGUUUGUGAAGCAGCCGCCGGGGAAGGGCAGGUGGAGGCGGCGGAGGCGGCAGGGGCAGCUGCCGGCAAAGGAGACGUCCGCGCUGCCAGCGGUACCGAGGCUUUUAGGUGGGCACAGGGGGGGCUGCGUUUGACGUCAGGGGAACGGGAGGAUCAUGUCCACUCCAGCCAGGCGGAGGUUAAUGAGGGAUUUCAAGAGAUUACAAGAAGACCCACCUGUGGGGGUCAGUGGCGCACCAUCAGAGAAUAAUAUAAUGCAAUGGAAUGCUGUUAUUUUUGGGCCAGAAGGUACUCCAUUUGAAGAUGGUACCUUUAAGCUAGUAAUAGAAUUUUCUGAAGAGUAUCCAAAUAAACCUCCCACUGUUAGGUUUUUAUCAAAAAUGUUUCAUCCCAAUGUAUAUGCAGAUGGUAGCAUAUGUUUAGAUAUCCUCCAGAAUCGCUGGAGUCCAACAUAUGAUGUUUCAUCUAUUUUAACCUCAAUUCAGUCACUGCUUGACGAACCUAAUCCAAAUAGUCCUGCCAACAGUCAGGCUGCACAGCUUUAUCAGGAAAACAAACGUGAAUAUGAAAAAAGAGUUUCAGCUAUAGUUGAACAGAGCUGGAAUGAUUCAUAAGACAUUACUACUUCACUAACCGACAUCAUCAUAAUCAUCAUGUACAAUUUAACUUGCGAUAGGAAAUGCUACCAGAACUUCUCAAGUGCCACAUUUGACUUCCAUACAAAUGUAUUUGCAAAAAUAAGCCCUUCAGGUUCAAAACUCUAAAAGCUUGUGUACCUUGAUUAAUGUACUUUUUAUUGCAUGUUAUGACCUAAGUUAUUGCUACAUAAAUUUGUAAUAUAUCCUGUU